CUUACAGAAAACUGUUUCAGAGAAAUAGAACAGUAAAUAUAGAAGGAAUACAAGGGAAACAACUCGCAGAUGACGAGUGGGUUGAAGACCAUCUUGUUUACCCAGUGAAAAAGUAUGCCAAAGGCCAAACGUCGUUCUCCGUUUUAGAAAUGAUGUCAUGCAGUUCAAAUUUGUUGGAGCUGGAUAGAAAGAUGUAUAAAUCCCGCGAGGCGUUCAACAUUCACAGAACAAGAAGGCACUGUACACCCCCGUCACUGUAUGACCAACUAAAGGUAGCCCAGUUUGCUUCAAAGGAAGAGUGGUUUGUGGAUAAAGGCCAUCCUGUGGUUUAUAAAUACGCUUGGGGUGAGAAUACGUUAAAGGGAGGAGAAGCAGUUUCAUCCAGAUCCAUUGACGCUAGAACGAAGGGAAAAGAAAAACUACAGUUAGAAUUUCUUUCCUUUCUUCACAGAAAAUUCCCAAAUGAAAUGAAGUAGUGCAUAAAUAACUAUAUGGACUGAUGGGUCGGCCUUUUUCAAGGUUUUGCUCAAUUAUUAGAGGUUCAUAUUAUUUUACAGAACGUAGACAACGAAUAGACAGUUCUAUUAAUACAAUAACUUCAUAUUAACAAAAAUUUAAGUAGUUUUGAUUUCUUGGGUUACACCCAUUGCUUAGAGGGUGUUGAUAUGGUUUAUAAUAGAGCUGAAAAAAUUAUACUGUGUUGUUUAUGAAAUUUUAUGCAUAUAAUACAAAUGCAUUACAAGCAUAAAUGUGUCAAAUGAUGGCGUUUAAGGAGGCAUUCUUAAAAAGGGAAAGGUGUGCAAUACAAAAAAGGGUUUUUAAAAUCCCUAUCCCAUAUUAUAAUAUACCAAGAAAAGCCAAUGGUCUUGAUAUAUUUUUCAGGCAGUUUGAUCAUACAACCCUCAAGCAUUUCCUUUUAUAUAUAAAGUGUACAUGAUGUACAUGUGCCUAAAGUUUUUCAUACUUUGGGACAUAUACAGUAGAAGCCAACAGGUUAUGUGCAUUUGGUCCUAGACAAAUGGAUAUGGAUACACUAUUUUUCUUUGUUUCUACAGUUUCUGACAAAAUAUCUUUGUAAAUAAGUAAGUGUAUGAAUUUCUCAAGAAGGAUAACAGGAACAAAUUGCUUGCUCAGCACACCAAAGUUUAAAAAGCUGUCCAGGUUACUUUCUAGGAUACAUUUCUGCCUACUUCCAGCCAAAAACAACUUAAGAGUGUUUCCACUUAAUUUCUUGCCUGUAAGUUCAAUUACUGCCCGAAUAACGUUUAAGGCAUCUGUUGUUCCAUCAGCUGUUACAUACUUUCCCCUGCUGCGGCAGUUAUCACAACUUGUGUUACAUGUAAAACCAUCACAUUUUUCACCAUAAUAUGUUCUAAUUAUUUUAUGUCUGCAUUGUACAGGGUCUUCAAGACAAAUGACAAUAUCACUAAGUGCCUUGUACUGCUGGUCAAAAUUAUCAUGGUGCUUGAACAUGCUAAUUAAAGCAGUUCUAUCACUAUAAUUGUAAUAUAUGCAGCAGGUUGCAGGUUCUCCAUCACGGCCAGCCCUUCCAACUUGUUGGUAAUAAUCAUCAAUACUGGUUGGCAACUUGACAUGGACAACAUAUCGAACGUCUCGUUUAUCGAUGCCCAUACCAAAAGAAGAAUUUGCAAUGAUUACAUUUACUUCACCACUAAUCCAUUUUGAAAAGCUUGACUCCUUUACACUCUCAGACAACUUACCAUGAUAUUUCACACAGUUCAAACCUCGUUUCACUAGUUCAGAGUGGAUUUUAGUGACAUCAUUUGAGAGAACACAAUAUAUUAUGCCACAGGAUGCUUGAUCUUUUAUGUAUGAAUACAACUCGUCAUAAAACUUGGUAUUACAUUGCCGAUCCUUAACUUCAAUGAAAAGAUUAUUCCGGAAUACUGUUUCUCGCAGAACUGUUACACUUCCAAACAUUUCUUUCAGAACUGCCACUUGAAACUCUGGAACUGUCGCACUCAACAAAAGUUUUGGACAUUCAAGACCACUCAGUUUCUGACAUACAACCUUAUAUACUGGUCUAAAUGUAUCGCCCCAAGAUGAUAUUGUGUGGGCUUCAUCAAAAACAAGUCUUUCAAUCUCAAUAGUUUCAAAUUUCUCCUUGAGACAUCCUUCAUACAGCAUUUCUGGUGUUGUAAAAAUAAGUUUAAAUUGUGGUAAUUUGUCUAACUGUUCAUUUUGGACAGUCAACGGUACACUUCCAGUGAAUUUGCAACAGGAAAUAUUUAAAUCUUGGCAACGAAUCACAAGGUCAUCAAUAAGGCUUUUUGUAGGUGAAACAACAAGCGUUGGCCGGGAUGCAAGCACAGCUGGUAGCAUAAAAGUCAAUGAUUUCCCACUGCCCGUUCCCAAAACUCCAAGAACAUUUUCUCUUCUCAAUGUUGCAGUAAUUAUUUCUUUCUGAAGUGGUCUAAAGUUAUCGAAUCCAAAAUAAUCGUUAAGUGUCCUGUUUAAUAGCUCCUCUAAGUCAUUUGAAAUAGUGUUCACGCAUUGGUCCAAAUUGUUUAUAUCAGCAGCUGGUUCUGAUCUGACUUUCUCGCCGAGUUGACUUGCUGAAGUAUUAUUUUCACGUUCCACAUUUUCGUCGGCUCUCCCAGCGAAUAAAGACUUAACAACUAUCAGGUCUUUGAAUUCUCCUUCAUUAAAAAGAUCGUAAUAAAAAAUUCGACCUUCUUCGUCCUCGCAAACGAACGAAACGGAUUUUGUGUUCGAGUCUAUAAAGCCAAAAUAGCAUAAACCAUAUCCAAAACUAACUGCCGCCUCGAAUUCUGAACUCGCUUGUACAACAAUGUUUACUCCCUGCCCAUUUAAUACGAAAGACUUUACAUUUUCAGGGUCAAGAGGAAGAAUUGAUUUAAGUUUAUCAGACAGCUUCUGAAUUUUGCUUUCGCACUCUUCAAACGUCGCCAUUUUGUGAUAAACAAUACUAUACUAUGGGGGGAAGGGUGAAGUACAAAGUCCUGUAGGUGAAGUACCCGGUACAUAAGGCUCCCAAUAUGGCAGGCAACUCCGCCUUUUCUCCUCGCCUCACUUUUCCCCCAAUUUUCCCUCUUUAUCCCUCAACUAUCCCUUACUGUAACUAUCAAAUCAACUAUCCCUGACUAUCCCUCAUGUGUUUCAAGAGUUGCCUGCGGAGGAGGCUACAGUUUGACUUAAUUUAAUUAAAGAAUCUAUCAAAGUUUCAAAUUCUCGAUCUGCCAGUUUUGAUAGUAAAUUACUGAUCAUUCAAGAGGGCCCCCUAUACCUCUUCAUAAUAUGCUUUCACGUAAAAAUAUUUUGCCUUUUCACGAGUCACAGAUUAAGAAAAUCAUCGAUCACGUUUCACGGCUAAGUAAAAUAAGCCCUUCACGCUUCACGCAAAAAUUAUAGGGGGCCCGAUCACGUUUCACGGCUAAGUAAAAUAAGCCUUUCACCCUUCACGCAAAAAGUAUAGGGGGCCCUCUUCAAAUCUCUCUCAAAAUUUGCAAAGAUAGAACGCAGUCAUGGCUCCUAGCUUGUUUAAUGGUUAGAUUAGCCAGCAGCGGAGUUGGUCCUUGAACGGUGGGCCGAGUUGGUUAGUGGGCCGAGUUGACUGCAAACCCUUUCAAUCUAACAGAAACGUGAAGUGGGAAAUCGCAAGGAAAUGAACACUAAAUCCAAGUGAGUAGUUAUGAUUUUUUUGAGCAGGUUUUUGAAUGAAAAUACGUGGCAUGUUUUCAUGAAAUUCAAUAUAGCAUUAAAGUAAGUUCAAUCUAGUUUAAAACUAAGUUUUUAGAAGACCUUUUUGUGCAUUUAUGGCAUGAUUUCGACUGUUUUCGUGACCCUACUGUUGGUCUUCUUGCUCAAGUUGUUAUUUUAGCCAAAGUACUUUCAGAAGACAGUAGGUUCAACCUGUCAUGUGCGUAUAUACAUUUUUGGCAAGAAAAAUUUUGAGUAAAACCGCAUUAAAACUAAGUAGAAUAUUCUACAAUGAAUACUAUACCUGUUUCUAUAAAUGUUGUCUUGAAACGAGCUCUCAUUUCAGAGAUAAUGUGGUUUAAAAUCAGUGUGUUGAAUUAUGCCGUUACUUGGCACGUGCGAAUUCUGAACCUUCAUGACAGGGAUUUGAAAAGCUUCCAAAAUACUCUUUAUUGCUUCAUAUAUCCCAAUAAAAUUUUUAAAUCAAUAAAAUUUUUAAAUCAAUAAAGCACAUCAUAAAAUUAAUGCAUGCUCAUUUUCUAAGAAGUAGUCAUCGAUUACCUGAAGGAAAGUCCUAAAAUAGGUCAGGACAGUGAUUUACAAAAUGCCAUUCUUCUCUGAAAUGGCUUCUUUUGCGGGAAGCCAUUAAAGUUGUAAUUUAGUCGCUUUCUUGGUCUCAUUGUUCACUUAUUUAUCAUGGAAUUACUUCACUUGAGCUCUUUUAAUAAUAUCUGCAAGAUACUUUGCUAUUUGGUGAAAUAAAAGCUAUAUUUUUAGCAGUUUACUUUUGAAAACUGCAUGCGCAACAAAGUGUCACCAGUGUGUUUACUCUUGUCUGACAAACAACCAAAGAUGAAAUAUUUUAUUUCACUCUUUUACAGCAAUCUAAAAUGCCUAAAUAUUAGAUUAUUCAUUUUAUUUGAGCAUACACAAACGAGAGCAUAAUAUUUCAAACUAGAGUCAGAUUUCAAAAGAAACCGUAUUUCAAACUAGAGUCAGAUUUCAAAAGAAACCGCCUGUCUGACAUUUUACAGCAACCUACAUUGGCGCGCACAAUGUUCUUACCUUAAACUUACUUUAAAAUUCUUACCUGAUGAAUAUUCAAAAGUGUUUAUUUAUCUCUUUUUGACGACUUUCAGUGCUCUUAAUAGCGAAAUAAAAAGCCUUUUGUUUUGUCACCGCACGCUGCAUUUGAAAAUGCCGGCUAUCAAAGUCUGAAUUAAAAACACCUCAAAUAUUUUAAAUUUUUCUCACCUUUUUCAUCCUUUGUUUAUAUCUUAAUUAGUAAUUUUUGUACUUUGUGUUUUUCCAAACAUAUUUGAGGUAUUUAGAAACUUCAAAGAGGUACAAACACUGCGUUUUUGGGUUACAGAGUUUUUGGACUUGAACAACAAGUUCUGAAGUUGAAGUUCUCCAUUGUAAACUAGAUGUCCUGAGUGUGCCUGAGCUAUGCCCAAGCAAAUUUUUAUAGUGUUUGAUUAUUUUGUAAUUUAUACCCUACAAGAUGAAAACUAAUUUGAAUAUAAAUGUGUACCAAUCCAGGAAUCAAAAAAUAUUUGGCCAUUUAUGUUGGGUUAUGGAAUUAUUACCCUUCAGAUGUUGGGCGUGUGAGAAGUGUGGGAGCUCAUUUAAAAUACAGUUGAUUAGUCAUUUAUCAUGUUAACCCACUGCCAAAUUUCAAGGUUUUUUAUAACAUUGAUCUUGAGAUAUAGGUAUUUUUGUAAAAGCAGUUGACAGAAGUUGACAGUAACUAAAAUUUGCCAUUUUCCUUACAACUUGGGGAGUGCCAAUGUUGCAACAGUCUGCAACUUAAUGAGUUAAACCUAAUAAAACACUCCUGCUCAUUUAUUAAACAGUACAUAAGAUAUUGCAAUCUCUCAUUAGAUUAUAGUGAUGGGUGAUUAACGAUUACUUGGUAUCGAUAUCGCCCGAUACCAGGCCCAAAUCGGAAGUAGUCAAUACUGCAUGGUAUCGAAAAAGUGUUUCGAUUACUUUUAAAAUUAGACAUUCAUUAUAAUCCUGUAGUUGUGUCAUCGUUUUCAUCGCUAUUUCUAAUAAAAUUAACGUACUUUUUUGUAUUUUGCUGCAUUUAUCAAUUUAAUCAAACUUCCUUUACUCUAUUUGACAUAUUAUCCACUUCCCUGAUUAAUAUUCCUGACCUCGUAGGCGGGAAAUAAAUUUUUUUUUUUUUUUUUGUGGAUUAUAAUGGCGGAAAAUUCUGAAAUACAAUCGUCUGCAUAGUAAUCGUUUGGGUAAUCGAUACUUUUACGAAAAAGUAAUCGGUAUCGAAUCUAUACUGGUGGUAUCGCCCAUCACUAUCAGGCCGUGAGACCUCAUUAACAUACAUGUGACAAUUUAAAGCUAAUGCAAAUUUUACAUAAAAUCUAAACGCUGCAGAGCUGCACUGUAGAUUUAUUAUGCAUAAUUGCAUAUGGAAUCAGGUUCUGAAGAUUAGCAAAGGUUAGUACAAAUGCAAAAUGUUAAAAAGAGAUACAAGCAAAAAAUUUAUGAUGGUUGGCUUACAGAAGUAAAAUAUUGGAUUGAAACGAAAUGUGAAGGCAAAAAUGGUGGUGGUAUGCCUUUCUGUAAAGUAUGCAAGGUUAAAUUAUCAUGCUUGAAAACUGCAUUGUCCAGGCAUAUGUGGAAGGGAAAAAACACCUACAGCUAUUUAAAAAUGCAUGUAGAUCUGAUAUAGUCUCAUACACAUAUUGUAAUGUUCAUGAAUGGUUCAUUGCAUGAUGCAGCAGAAAAAGUCGAAAUUAAACUAUCUAGUUUUAUUGUAGAUACUACCUUCCAAUCAAUUUGAGUGAAGAUUUGUUAGCCCUGUUAUCGAGUUUGUUGUCAAGUUUGUUGUUGCAAAAAAGCGACUUUAGGUAGGGAUAGCAGCCAAAAUUUCAGAUUUACAGGGGGGCUCCGCAGUAGGCUAGUUUGAUAGAGCUCAUGAUUUAAAACAUAAUGGUGUUUGUUUCAUCAAAAUCGGUCAAGGCAAUCAAAAGUUAUGACAAUUUGAAUAUCGGAAUUUUAGUCCAUUUUAAGCUGAUUUUUUAACAUAUAAGGUCAUAACUUCUAGACAUUUCAUCCGAUCACCACAAUAUUUUCAGAGUACAUUGGUAACAUACACAGCAACAACAUUAAUGAAAAACCAUUACAAAAGUGUUGUAUGGCAUGUUAUACAUCAAAUAAGUAACACUACUUGAUAAAAUGUUACAAAACUGCAUUACCAUGGAAAUAUGAUAACGUCAUAACAACGUCAUAGCUAUAAACAAUAUGCUCUAAAAUACAUAAUUUGCCUGCAUUUUUCAUCACAAAACAUUAAUUUAUAAAAACUACGUGUGUCGGAUAGCAUUACAAGCUCAACAAUACCACAGACAACACCGUUCAGUUACCAUGUGACGUCAUUUUUAUAUACAUUCUAAUUGGAAAAUUUUGUGUAUCGUUGCUCAAAAUUUACUAAACUGCUUAUUGAAAUAUUUUGAUAGUUUCAUUAUUGUACACCUUACAAUCCUAAAAACUCAUUACAUAGACUGUUUCCAUGACGACGCUACAAAUCCGAUGACGUUUCAAUUACGUCACUGAUGAUGUCAUGCUAUUGAUAAAUUUCUCAUUUUGAGGAGGAGAUCAAUUAUUUUUCAAGAAACAUAUUAUUUACUGUAACACCAGUUUAUCAAUCAAAGAUACAAUUUCGACAACACAAACUCCUGAGCUGUAUAUCAAGCUGGACUGCUUGUUCAUUUAUUGGUCUAUUUUCUACAUACUGUCUCAUUUAAAGAAAGCCAUACAGGUUGAAUGCAUUGACAAUUCUAAUCCAUGGUGUACUUUAAGUUGAUAAUGUAUACCAUAAGAAUGAAAAAUAAAAGAUUAGUCAUCAGUUGAACCAAUUAAAAUUUCCCAUUCACCCUGAACAGUUCCGUUUACAGAUGGGUUUUCAGCACAUUAUUCAUUACCUGUUACUAGCUCUUAAUUUGGUUGCAUCAUAGCCAAUGAAAGUCUAAAAUGAAAAAGAACACAAAUUAUGAUAUGCACUAAUUAAAUUUCUACAGCAAUUACCAUCAUUUAUUCUUUCAUUCAUGAUUUUCAGCACACUUUACAAGUUACUCUUAAAGAAAAUCAAGACCUAAAAUUAGAAAAGAAAGAAUAUUAUUGAUUAUCCGUAAAUUAUCAAUUAGUGUAUCAUUUGUUGGCUCAGGCCUGAGCUGAAGAUUGCCAGAUGAAAUUCUAUUAAUAAAAUAGGAUUUCAAGAGGCAUUCCUCCCUCCUAUAGUUGGAACAUUUUCAUUUUGUUGGCCAUCCUUUCACUUUGCAGAUAUUUUAUCAUUGUUAGUUGGACCGUCUCUUUUCCUCUAGCUUUUUCCACUUCUUUGCUGGCUCGUUGUUUGUAUAGUUCUUUUUGCUCCAACAUUUUCUCAUGUGAGAUGAGCUUUUGACCAACCUGAGUAACUUGAGGGUUUUCAGGCUCGGUCACCUUUUUGCUACAAUCCUGGCCAAAACUCAUGUGGACACUUAAUCCACUUUUGCAAAAAUCAUAACAAACACAGUUCGGACUUGAAUUAUACACAAUUUCUGCAUUGAAAUGUAACGAUUUAUUCUUAGGGAACUACCUAUACAUAUUAUACUUGUUACUAAAAUGUUUUCGUAAUUUACACUGUAGAGAAAUAAAAAGUUACCACGGUCUACAUAUUAAAAGUAGCUCUUUGAAUAUAAUAGAUCAUAGCUCAUUAGUAUUCAUGAAAAUACGAUUUUUGGGUGUAGACCGUGGCGAUUUUUAAGGCAUAGCUGAUUUUAUAUGUUUUGCUGCAUACUGGUGCAAAACGUAAUUGGACAAGCCUUUUAAUCUAUAUUUUUAAUCGAUUGCCGCUUAUAUACUUCUAAAAUCACUGCAAAAAAAGUGUAGACUGUGUUUCGAGCUUUGAAUAUUAUGUUACACAUUACGUCAUCCGAUCGGAAAGUAUAACAUAUCAACUUAACAAUUAUAGCAAAGCCCUGUAACUUAAUAUAUAAUUCAGAUGUUUAGUUCCUGCCUUAAAUCAUGUAUAGUUUUUUGUCAAGCUUUGUAUUCAGCAAGUUUUAGAUGCACCUUGAAACUGCACUGUCAGAAGGAAGCUGUAAUAUAUAGUUAAAACAGACAAACGUACUGGCAUAUAUUGUAAGUAGCAAGACUUGCAGUUAACGAAUUAUAAUACUUGUAUGAAAAAUGCCAUUUAGUUGUAUAAAUUUGAUUCUCAAGCACUUCAAGAAUGCAUAAACAAACUUUGAACUAUAUAUAUUCCUGUCAUUCUCGUCGCAUAAUUAUUCCUAAAAAUUUCGCAUAAUUAUUCCUAAAAAUCGUGGGCGCGUUUUUUGGUUAGGAAAUCUGUUCCUUACCGGACAAUUUUUUUUCAAAAGAUGAUCAGAAAUGGGUUACUUAGAUGCAAACAAGCGCAAUUUUACUUACAAAGCAUAUUUUUUUCCGUUUUGUGUCAUAUUAGAUACAAGAACCGCCUAUUAUUUUCUAUAGUGAUUUUCAGACAAUCCUGGCCAAAACUCAUGUGGACACUUAAUCCACUUUUGCAAAAAUCGUAACAAACACCUAAAACUUGAAUUUACUUGCACAUCCCCCACUCCCCAUCUUCAAUGUUGCAUAUCCAACUUAACCACACUUCGUAUUUGAUGAAAAAUCCCAUUCAACAUUGGCUUGGGGGAGCGGGGGGAUAAUUAUUUAGAAAAAACACUGUGGGUUGUCCACAACGUUUUGUCCAGGAUUGUAUCUUCGAUGGAUUGACGAAUUAUUUCUUUAGGAUUACUGACCAGCACUUGACUGCUAAAUGCUUUACCCUCAAAUGACAUUUGAAACACUUUUUUAUCUUUAUGCUUUGCCCCGAGCACUACCUUUUGGAACUGGAUCUGGGUUUUGAUGGCAAUUUUCUUGUCUUUUUCCUUGCUUAUUUUGGCAAUCUGCUCACCAACCUCUGUGUCUGUUUUCCACAUUCUGAACUAAAUUUUGCUUUAGCAUUCUUAACUUGGUUUCUUUUCUCUCUUUUUCUUGUUUUCCUUUCUCAAGCUUUUCUUCUCUCCUUUUUCUAAUUAUUGCCUUUCGCUCAAUGAAUUGCUGUCGCUGACUUGCCUUUGAAUUUCGUGCCAUUUUCAUAACUGCCUUUCUCUUCUCUGGCAUAAGUGAAUCUCUCCAACCUUUGGUAUCAUUCUUUGUGAACAUCAAAAUGCAUUCGAAGACCAAGGUUGUUGCAUUUGACUUUUGUGCAAGAAGACAAUCCAACAUUCCGAAAUCUCGUUCUGGAACAACAUUUGUCUUAGGAGCAUUCUUGCAUUCAUCUUGCAUUUCGACAUCGAGUUUGUCGUACUUACCACCCUCCAGGUGAUCAGUCAACACUCGCUUUGUUACAACAACAAAUUAUCCAAAUAUCAACUUGGGGACUUGCUUUGUCAUUGGAUCCCAAUCAGGGUCUUCUUUGAUGAGCUUCUCAUAGCACAAAUCUUUCUUCAGAUUGACAUCAUCAAACACCACAGGUUCACCUGUGAGUACAGGAGUGGAGUCUUGUGCCCAUUCUUCAAAGCACUCCAACAGUCGCUGGUAUCGAGCACUCAUAUCCAUGAAACUUACAUCUUCCUUUUCAAGGUCUCUCCACAAUGGACCUGUAAUAAAUUUGUUUAUCAAUCCCAGGGCCCUGCCCCUGCUAAAAGGAAGAAACUUCUAAGUCAUAAUAAAUUGCCUUCAGCAGUUUGUUUUCAUCCUUCAUCAUAUCAAAGAAUGGUCUAAGGUGUUCAUGCAGAUAAAAUACACCACCACCAUUAUGAAAUAUGAUAUUAAAUCUAUUUCCUAGAAAUGGUGCAAGGGGCAUUGAAUCAAUGCCAUUCUCUCUGGCGUGGUCAGCAAAGGAUACCACUCUUCCGGACCGCUUGCAUCCUUUGGCCUGAACAGCUUUGCAAACUGUUUGAAGUAAACAGAGGGUGCCACUUUCUCCUCCUUUACUAUACCCACCUUGGCUCAAGUUUCCAAUCUUUGUUUCAUCAUACAGGAGCUUGUCCCACACUCUUAAAGCCUCCUCUGCUUGGUCAUCAAGUCCAACAAUGUAAUGUAGGCCACAGAAUAGAUCAUUAAUUCUCAAGACCUUGCACUUCUUAUCAUCAUCCAUAAUAUCCCACUCUUCCACAACUUCAGGCAGGAUGGAUUAUGUCUGGAGAAUCUCAUUGAAUUUCUUUUGGACAAUGCAGUGGUCCGACAUCAAAUUCUUUAUGGACUUCAUCACCUUUUUAUCUGCAUUUUCAUCCUCGACUGAGCUGAUAAUGUAACCUAAAACUUCUUUCAAUAAAUUUAGUUGAGAUUCAGUGUCACCACACGCCAUGUCCCGCAGCCCAGCUACCAUGACAUUACCAUCAUCUAAAGUCACAUCAAAUGUGGCAUAGUGGUAACCAUGCUUAGAAGUACCAUCACUAUGCAGGGUGCGGUUACCUGAAUCCCACUCAUCAAGCAGCUGUUCUGCUACUUGAAUCUGAGAAAGACACCUAGCUUCUAAAUACAUAUAUCUAGCAAAAGUGGCCUUGGGGAGUCACUUGCAUUCUAAACCUGCAAGGUUCUCUAUGACAGUUCUAACCACUUUUUGAACAUUUUCUACUCCUACUCCCCAACACAAGAGGUCUUCAUAUACUGCCCUGACCUCAUCGGUAUACUUACCAUUCUGGAAUGUUUUUACCAUUUGGGUUUUUAGAAAGUCUUGAAUAUAUUCCUGCAAAAUUUCAACUUCAUUUUCAAGCUCGGCAAUAUGAGAUUUUAAUUCUGAAAUUUUCUCGGCAAUAUGAAUUUUUAAUUAUGAAAGGACCUUCUGACAUACUGCUUUGAUUUUAUAAUAUGACUUUAAUUUCUGUGCCUUGGUCUUGGUUUCAAGUGCAGAAUCCAAUCUUUCAUUUAACCAUUGAAUUGUUUUAUCUUUUCUAUCAAUUACAUUCAUAUAUAUAUUUUUGCUUGUGCUUGCAAGUCGGUCUCUUUUUUCUCGAUUUCUACUUGUUGAAGUGUUGUCAUUUCUUUUUAACUUCUCAUUGGUAACUCUUUGUUAACAUUCCGAGCUGAAACCUUGCUUAAUUUCUCCAUUGCGUCUUGCAAUUUCUUCGAUGUCUCCUCAUGUUUGCCUUGCAUUUCAUGACGAUUGGAUUGCAACCUAUUAACUUCAUUUGCUUUUGCAAUAUCUAUCUCAUUUUGCUCCUUAACAAGUUGACUUAACAUUUUAACUUCUGAACAGAAGUACUUCAAUUUCUCUCGCUUGCUGAUCUAAGAACAUUUGGUAUUGGACUGCAGGAUCAUUUUGUACCGAUUCUAUACUCUUCUUCUGAGGCAAUAAGAACUCUUUAGCUAAAUACUCUUCACAUAACUUCUUUUUCUUGUGAAAAACUAACUCACGCUUAUGAUCAGCCGCACGUUCAAUGGCUACGUGUACACUGUCUACUGUCUCAAAACUAUGGUUAUUACUUAAAACACGUAGCCAAGUUAGGAUGUCAACCCAUGAUUUUCCCAUCCGCUCCCUUGUUUCAUCUAACUCGAUUACCAACUUAUUAGUUAAAAAUACAACAGGGGUCUUACCAACACGCUGCUGUUUUCCAUUCAACAGUAUAUCAUGCAAUACCUGGUCAGUAAUUCCAAGUCUCAGACACUCAUCGCCAACAGAUGCCUGCUUGUGCUUUUUAUAGAGCUGUAAAAUAACUGUACAACUACCCUUUUGGGUGUUUCGCAAGCAUAUUGACUACCUUUCUUUUAAGGUUUUUUAUAUGCGCAGAGAUAAUUAUAUUAGGGUCAAGCACAUGAAGGCUUCUUUUCACCCUUUCCUCCUGGUUGCCCUCCAAACUAUAGGUUGUUUCAAUGGUUUUAUUAAAUAAACAACAACAUAUUUUAUGAUUACCUUUCCACCACUCAGGUUUUUCAUUGUUUUUAAGCAAGGCAAUCAAAUUUUCUUUAUUCCAAUUUUGACAGUCCCAUGAGCACAUGUCCAUGCCCGCCAUUAGCGAACUUGCAAAAUUACCUAAAUUCAAAUGAAUUUCCACAAGUGAGCUCGAUCGUUAAACAAAACAAAUUAUAUAUCAAAAGAAACCUUAAAAUAUAUAGUUUAUGUACAUACCUGUUGUUGUAGACAUUUUGCUUUAAAUCGAGUCGUAUCUUGCUUUUCAAAAUUGACUUUUCAAAUACAAAGUCAUCAGCUCAAAAAGUUGAAGAACAACAGUUCAGAAGAAUCUCCAGGCUUUAAACUUUAAGGUAGUGCUAUUUUAAACCUGCAUUCAGGUCGGGCUCACGUGUGGAAAAUCGCUUGAAGAGGGACGGGUAGGUGAGUAAAUGCGUGCCGUGUGAUUUUAAUGGUGGCGAAAUUGCAAAUAUGCCCGAACUUUGAUGCCUCGUAACAAAAUAACUACGGUACUUCAGAGAUCUACUUUGUAGAAAGAUUAAUUUUAAAAUUAUGUGUUUGCUCUCUUUUGCAUAAUAACACGCUAAAGGUAGCAUAUUUGAGAAAAUAUUAACUGGAAAUUUAAGCUGUUCCAAUGCGUAACCGACUUCCGGUUGCGAUCCCUACUUUAGGAAAACAUUUUGUUCAUCAUUUUAGUACUUCCAAUGCCAUCAUAGAUCCUAAAAACUAUGGGACGAAAAUCAUAAUCUUCACAUAUUUUAUGGCCAUUCAAUUCAUGCCCAUUCAAUUUUUGGUAUCACAAAUAUUGUAAAUGCAGCAUUGAAAACAGAUGUCAAGGGAUAAUAAUGACUGAGUAAUAAAAAAACAUCGCAAUGGCUUGUUGCAGCUGGCAGAAAAACACUUUGCAUAACAAUAUAUAGCGAGUAAGUGCUUUCCACUCACUAGAAUUUACCCAAAUUAAAAAAUUUCAAACCUUCACACUUGCCUAUACCCCAGCCCCAUAAUUUACAUUUUUUUAUAUAAUCAAACGUUUAAAUCCAGCAUUUCAAACACAUUUUUAUACAGGAAUUUUAUACAAAAAAUCAUACGUCAACAUCGAUUAAAUGAACGCCAACUUUAGUACAGAACAUACGACCUCGUACAACAUUUCUGAUUUAUUUUUUAAGCUCUGCUUUAAUAUUUGUAUCUUGAGUCUUGUUUAGAAAAAAUUGUACAAUUUGUAUUUUGGUUAUUAAGCUGUUCUUUAUCUUAAUUUUUAUACUGUUUGAGUGGUAAAAGGUUUUAAUUAAUUGAGCUUUCUUCAUCAUUCAUGUAGUUGAAAACAUCAAAAAAUCAAAAUGAUGUGGAUGCAUUUUUGGCAGAAGUGAGUGGAGAUUUGAUAUUGAUAGUCUACCUCAAACCCUAUCAAAGGAGCAAAAAGAUAUUUUCAUUGACGAAGUAACCAAAUAUUUUUUGGUCAUAAAAUGCCAACGAAUGCUGAACCAGCUCAUUGAUGACCUUAAAUAUUAUGAUGUAAGUGUUUCCAAAUUUUUCUGAGAAACACAAGUGUUUUCAAUUUUUUCUGACAGAUUGAAAGCAGAAAAUGAUUGAACUGGAACAGCUAUGCCUGCCCAUUUGUAGCAAUAUUCAAUAUAAAAUUAUUCAUUCAAUUUAAUCUAUUAUACAUUUAAUAAAGUUAUUUUCUUUCAGUUUAAUCUUUUAUACAAAUUCAAUUCAAUAUAAUAUGUUCAUUCAAUUUAAUCUAUUAUACAUUUAAUAAAGUUAUAUUCUUUCAGUUCAAUCUUUUAUACACAUUCAAUUCAAUAUAUAAUAUUCAUUCAAUUUAAUCUAUUAUACAUUUAAUAAAGUUAUAUUCGUUCAGUUUAAAAUCUUUUAUACACAUUCAAUUCAAUAUAAUAUGUUCAUUCAAUUUAAUCAUUUGUGUGUAUAUGUAUUUAAUUUAAUCCUGUAACAAUAUGCAUUCAAUAAAAAUAUUCAUUCAAUAUUUAAAAAAUCCAUUCAAUAUUUGAGGACUGGGCCGAGUGCUCGGUUAGCACCACCAGACGUAUGGAAUUUAAUAUGAGUUCAUACGUUUUCGUGCCAUUAUCAAACAACAUGGCCGCCUUGGGAAAGGAAACGAUAACAAAGGCUGCUGAAGUGCUUCAGCAAGCGUCCACAAUGUCGCUGUCGGUGAAUGAAAAUUUGUUUGAAACCAAUUCUCGCUCAACAGCUACCAAUGCUGGUACGCCUGGAACAUCAGCAGCUACUGCAAUUGCCGUACCAGAGCUUUGUGAUACUCUAGCACGAGCUAAAAUCGGCGGAAAAUGCCGGAAAAUCAUCAUCUUCAUCCUGACAAGGCUCAAGUUCAAGCAAGAAAGAAAAACCACUGCGAAGUUCAGAGAAAAAGCCGUUUGAAUUUGCACUGCUUCGAGCACCUGAGGUAGACAGUGACGGUGAGGAAGAAAAUAGCUUAAGGAAGGACUAUGUUAUCAACAGGUAUUAUUACUUUAACUCCUUCUGACACUGAGAAACUAAUAAGAGAUAAGAUUGUUUCAUCUUUAAAACCAAGAUAUCCCAUGAUUGAAAAUCGUGACUUUGAAUUUGUCAAAGUAGUCCAAAAAAAAAUUUCUGUUCUUCAGUUGGGAAAAGGAACACAGUAUGAUUACAGUGUAGUGAAAAAAUUGGCUGGGCAAGGUCUGUUGUACAUUCGUAUGAAGCAAGCAAUGCAGUUUGCUGUUGAUGAAGAUAUUCAGGUUGAAGACGAUAUGGCAGAUGAUCCAUUUCCAUCCUUAGAACUACCCAGUCCAUUUAAUUCACCAACAACAUCACCUGAUCUAACAGGUGCACCAAGUGAUUGCAAUCUUGUCCCAGAUGGUCCGUCUGUUAGAGAAACCCCACUCGAUAGUGAGCAAUUUACACUAUCCCCACAAGCUGUCCAGGAAUUUGGACCAGCAGUUCCAGAAAUUGAACUGUCUCCAUUUUUUUCAACAGUAAUUGACGAAAUACCAUCCACUGUUAGUGACCCAACAGAAAUGUUAAGAUUCUUGCAGAAGAAGGUCGUGACCUAGAUGUUAGUGAUGUAUCUUCUGAACUUAGUGGGGACACGAAUUAUAUUUCAGUAGAUCACGAUAAUAUUUUGGAAACAACAUUUUCUGAAUUGAAUGAUGUGAAAGAUCCAAGAAUCACUUUUGAAGUUCAGUUCUAUGGCGAGCAAGCUGAAGACAGGGGAGGCCCCAGAAAGGAAUGGAUUAGACUUUGCAAUCAGAAAAUACAACCGAAAUAUUUUGAACAAGGUCUUAAAGAGCAUCUGGCAAGUGACUAUUUUUACAUUGGCCAAAUGGCAGCAAUAGCACUUCUUCAGAAUGGACAGUUACCUGUUUACAUUCCAGAAACAGUUUUGCAAAAUGUUUUUACAGGUCCAUACCCAAGCACACACCCAUGCAUUUCCAACCUACAGAAAGGUCUGGAUACUCUUGGAAUCCAUACAGUUGGUAGAAAGUUCCCACAAUUCCUGCAUCUCUUUAGACCAUCUGAAAAUGCUAAGUUGUCUGUAAAAAGGUUACUACACCUUCUGAUACCAACAUUUUCUGAAAAAGGAUCAAACAGCCUAAAGUAUGAGAACAGUCAUUAUGCUCAUUUUGUCAAUUAUGUUAGAGAAGUAGCUAGUGGUCGUAGAGUAACAAAGCUGGAGAAUAUCCUGGAGUUUGCUACUUGUGCAAGUGAAGAGACACUUCUUGGUUUUGCUCUUUCCCCAUCCAUUGAAUUUGUUGAAGCCACUUGUGCAUCCAGGGAGCCUAGCUAUACAGCGAUGAAAGGGCACCUCAAAAUCAGAUAUGACUUUUACCCCAAAAUCAGGUAAGAUUUUUUCCUGUUGCUGAUACAGUAGUACCCUUGUAUUUUUGGAUAUGUAUCAAACUUGCAAAACAGAAACUAAAACAUUGGCAAUCACUAUUAGUAGAGUACUACAGAGAAAAUUUCGUAUUUGUUGAUUGGCAUGUAUUCUGGUUCUAAAAUUCAUUCGAUGGUUUAUAUCAUUAUUUUGCCAUUCAAACCGACAUUAAUGUUUAGAACUAGAAUCCAAAGUAACUGAGUCUCAAUUUUGUACUUUAUUAUUAUCAUCAAAUUGUAUGUGAUGUCAUAAAUGCCAUACUGGUAGUAAUAUAUUUUUAAAGGUUUACAUAUGUGAACGAUAUGUAUGCAUGUUUGAUUAAUGGUUAAAUGUGUAGUUCCAGAAAAUAUCCAUACUCCCCCCCACGGAAGGGACUGGAAAUUCCAGGGGAUGGGGGGGGGGGGUAAUUUCUUCAAUAUUUCCAGUGGGGUGGGAGGGUGCCAAAGCCUUGAUAUUUCCAGAGGGUCAUAAGAUAUUCAAACCAUAUUUAAUUAAAAUUUGGAGCGGCGCAAAUAUUACGAUGAAAACGUGCACGAUCUUGUUAACUUGGUUUAUUAUUUACAUAAACUAUACAAAUAUGUAAAUUGUCUGGAGCAUAUGUCUGGAGUUUGUUUUACAGUCGCCCUAUAUUUAGGUAUUUGAUUGACAUGUUUACGCACAAGCCAAGCAUUUCUUACGGCCCGGGUUUUCCCCAAUUUUGAGUCUCAUUUUAUAUAAUUAUCUGUAGUUUGUUGCGAGUUUAUGCGGUAGCGUAGGACAGUAGCUAAUUAUUUGCCCCAAAUUAUGUACAAAAGCAUGGUUUUAUUGCUUUUCAUAGCUUAAUGGUAUAUUUUCCUUGAAAAUCAAUGCGAAAUUUACAAGAAUACAUACUUUAUUAUGGCCUACUACAAAAGCGGAAGUGUGUAAGGUUUUUACUGUAAGACUUGACAGCCAAUCAACAUUGACCUGUUGUUGAUCAGUCAAAAAGCUUUAGUUGUUAUUAUUAAACAAGUGACAAGGGAAUUCAGUUUCAAAUAAAAUACCGCUAUGACUGACCUUUUAGUUCAUGUGAACGGCAUUGUAUCUUGCUCAGUUGUUUUUGAAGACACCAAUGUCACGCUUGAAAAAUUCCGACACGAUGGUUUGACUGAACAAGUUGGUGACAUUCUUAAAUUUGACUAUAAAUUUACACGAUCAAUUUGCAAUCAAAAGGUGACAAUCGGAAAUAAACAAGAAGCUAUAAUCAAGCUGUCGCAGUGUUUAGACAGUGCAGAAGAACCUGCCUUGUUCUUGGAAAGAAAGACGACGUUGUUGAAGUGGCCAAUUCAAAUGUAGAAGUUUCAGAGCCGCCAGUUAAAGUUGCAAGAAUUUCGCGUCAAGCCUGAAUCAUAGAAUUUUCCAGUGAGCCAUCGAAAACGCCGCAACAGCCGUCAAAGCCUUACCCUUACUCCGCCGCAAGAAUCAAUGUACUUGCAUAAAUCUGCCAUGUAUAUUUAUAUAUUUGUACAAAAAAGUAAAUAAAAUACUGGUUGUUUUGAUUAAUAAUUGUUUUUGAUAAAUAAAGUACAGUACUAGACAGUUAAAUAUGAGUUUUCCAGGGGGUAGGUAUAAAAAUAAAAAGUAGUAAAACACUGGAAUUUCCAGAUGG